UUACUUCCUUCACUUUUGGACUCUAUCUGAUUUGGGUUUAUGGUCCACCAGUGUUGUCAUUAGCUUUCGACUGACAAAAUACUCUGUAAAACUUUAACAAGCCCUAACUUAGAGGACGUCCAACGUUAAGGAGAUUAAUUCUUGGUCCGUGAAGAACAGGACCUUGGAAUUAGCAUACGGUUACCAUGGAGACGGAAACACGCUAAAUCCAAAGUGCUCCACAAUGUAGACAUUUAGAAAGUUUGUUUUUAAUUGGAAAUACAACCCCGCAUAUCUAAGCAUUCUUUUUUUUUUUCAAAUACAAAUGACCGAUAAGGAGACUGAACGGUAGGUGACAGAGGUUACACUUCACAUCUGUGGAGGAGACGCCCAUCCCUCGCCUCAUAACGGACCCAGAUUUAUAGCUAGUGGGGAAUUUAUUGGCGGUUGAAACUUUGCGUCGAGUCAAGGUUUGUUUGAACUAUCGUCAGACGACAUGAAGAUCCCCGGAAAGGAGAGCUGUAUUUCUGGAGGAGAAAACAAGUCGCCCUUCUCAUAAGGUGUCUGAGAGCAAACACAGCCGUGAGAAAAUGGUGAAAAACAAAAAUAUUGGUGAGCGGUCCCAUCGCUCUUCCACAUGCAAGACGAAAAAGGCCGGCUCCCAAAUCGCAAGUGGCAAAGACCUGACUCCUCUGGAUAAACCAGCCGACAGUGACAUCCCUCCCGCUUCCCCAGAGCUCUUGACCACCAGCCAAGGUCAGCUGGGCUUUCCAGACAGAGUCUACCUGCUGGCAUCAGUCAUCUUCCAGAAUAACCACCUGGAGAAGCUGGCUGCCCACCGGCUGGUGAAUUAUGGCAAAGAGAGAGGGCUUCCGUUGCCAGAAGUCAAAGAUGAGAUGCAGCGCACUGCUUAUGAGCUUGCCUUCAAUACACUUAAAUAUCAAGAACUGCUGGAGGAUAUCAUGAUUGACAGCUGCUUUUACCUCACUCAGCCAAUGCCUGAUGAUCAGAUGAGCCUGGUUGCCGUCAUGCUCUAUGACUUCCAGGACAGGAAGUUCCUCCCACGGGAACGCCAGGGGGAGGAAGAAUUCGUACAGGAAGUCAGAGAUGUGGAGAACUACCUCCUCAGGUUUAAAACUAAGCUGGCAGCCUCUCUGGCUCGCUGUAGGAUCAAACACGAUCUCUUGUCCAUUGAGUAUAUCCUGCCGGAGAGCGUGAAGACAAAGCAGGAGAGAUCAAGCAGCCUACCGCUUUACGCAUGGGUCAACACACUGAAGGGCAGUCUUGAUGAGGUCCAAAGGGUGCUGAAGAGUGUGGGCCUCUCGCAGGUGAAAUCGAUUGGGCAGCUGGAGGGGAAGACCUUCUGCCAGGAUCCCCACUGCGGGGAUAUGCUGGUAUUCCCUGCUCAGCUGAAAGCAGAGUUGCAUUCCACCAAGCUGCUUAGCGACCACAAACUCAUCAUCCAGGAUAAAUCUUGCAGCCUGGGACCAAACUCAGUGCGCUCCCUGCUGCCAGAUGAGGGUGACAUUCUCAUGGUGGGCUGCUUCUCUGGCCUCACCGUCUCCCACACCGCCGCCUUAAUUGCUGAGAAACACAAAGCCAACAGCAAUGACCGGUCCACAGUCUACGUCUGUGUCAGCGAUCGUACAGAUGCUCAGAGGGAGGAGCUACAGCAAGUCGUCACCCUUAUGGGCUGCAAGAAUGUGAAGCUGAUACCCAAGGUCUUCCAGUCUUUGGACAGUGAUGACAAGCAGCUUGAAAACGUGCGCGUCAUCCUGUUGACCCCCAAGUGUUCCGUGUCUGCAAUCAGCAACCCUGUCGAGUUCAUACUGCAAGAGAACGGAGACACAGACCUGCUGCAGGAUUUAUCCCAGGACUCUGUACCCCAGAGCAAACUGGAAGCCCUGGUUGCACAGCAGAGGAAGGAUAUCGAUCAUGCCUUGAAAUUCCCCAAGGUUUUAGCAGUGGUGUACUCCACCUGUUCGUCAUACCCAGAGGAGAAUGAGGAGGUGGUGAGCAGAGCCCUGGAACAAGCCAAUGCCGGGCCAGAGCAGGAGGGCGAACCAAAAAAAUCUAACUUCAGGCUGAGCCCAUCCCCGUUCAGCUCUCCUAACCACGCCGAAGGCCCAAAAGAAACAGAUCCCUUCUUCACGCUGAAGCCCUCAGAGCAGAGUAAUGGCUGCUUCCUGGCUGUUCUCAUGAGAGAGCCUGAGCCAGUGGUCAAAGAGCCACCACAGGAAGUGCUGGCCAGGGCGAACGCCAGAGGCAUACUGGAUAGGAUUGGCUCCAACCAGCCAACCAGAAAAGAGCAGCAUGGACAUACCAACAGGUUGACAAAAGCAACCCAUGCUCGAACUUCUCAGCACCACCUCUCUGUCAGUAUGCAACCCAAAAGCCAAGAGAGCAGGGGCAGCAACAGUUCUGCUUUGUGUGGACAUCAAGGAUUUGCUAACAGGCGGCAGUCACCACAAGGAAAAGCCAAAACACUGUGCUUGCAACCCUCAAAAAACAGUGGGUCCAGCUCCUUCUCUCUCUCCAAACAAGAAAACACCAUCUCAUCCUCCUCCUCCUCCAAACCAGAAAACAACACACCAACGAAAACCACCACUCUGCAUCCCGCCCCGCCUCCUGCUACCCCCAUAAUCCCUGUGGUCCGCGCCCGCAGGGCUCAUCAGGAAGUCCUGAAACCUGUGGUACUCGUCCUGCCUCCCGUUCACUUCCCCAACUUCUUCUCACCCCAGCACAGACGGGCAGCAUUCAACCCCAACCUCAACUACAACAGGUGGAGGCCCCCAGCUCAAACUGGGCCUGUCUCUCGCUCCAGUGGUAGUCUCUCCAAGGACACUCUGGUCAAAGCCCGGCCUUUUUUUUGACCCCACAAGCACCAAUACAAACAGUAAAGAAAUAUUAACUUUUGUGCCAAAUGCUUACUUAAAUAAAGUCAGUAGUCUAGUCUAAAUCUAAAACAGUGUUACUGAUCUGCCACAUUACAUAAAGCUUGUGAAAAUAUAAAUCACCUCAAAUGCAUCUGGAGCCAUUAUUACUUGUCAUUAUUACAAUGUCAUUAGUAGAGUCUUCGUGUGCCAUAAAGAACAACCUUGCCACCGUCAGAAUCUAAUCAAACUGCAUAUAUUUAUACAGCUGGGCCAUUUCAAUGUCACUUCAUGAUGAAUAGCUAUUAUAUAGAGUUCCAGUGACCUGAAAAAUUAAAGGACAUAUUCAAGAA